AUGGGGGGUCAGAUCACCAGACACACCAUCUACGAUUCUCUGAACGCACCGUUUCCCGCAACAUCCCACCGGUGCCACUACAAGCCGAAGCGCUGCCUGCCUAUACAGCCAUGUGGAGGCUUGUCCUCCACCCCUCUGCUCUUUCACCCCAGCACCAAGGGAUCGCAGAUCAUCAUGGACAUGUCCCAGAGGACGGUCAAGAGACAGGCCAGCUUCUGUAACGCCAUUACGUUCAGCAACAGGCCCAUCGCUGUGUAUGAGCAAGUACGACUGAAGAUCACCAAAAAGCAGUGCUGUUGGAGCGGCGCUCUGCGUCUUGGCUUCACGUGCAAAGACCCGUCGAGGAUCAACCCAGACACCUUGCCAAAGUACGCCUGCCCCGACCUGGUCUCCCAGAGCGGCUUCUGGGCCAAGGCUCUGCCCGAGGAGCUCUCCAAUGAGGGACAUGUCAUCUCCUUCUGGGUGGACAAGAAGGGCCGUGUGUUUUACAGGAUCAACGACUCCAGCCCCAUGCUGUUCUUCAGCGGCGUGCACGUCUCUGAACCCCUGUGGGCUCUCAUAGACAUCUACGGCCUCACCAGAGGGGUCCAGCUGCUAGACAGUGAGAUGGUCCCUGCCGACUGCCUGCGUCCUCGCUCUUUUGCAGCCACCCACCAGGCCUCGAUUCAGCGGAGCGGCGGCGACCCUCACCUCUCCAUCAGCCUGUGCGACCUGAGCCUGCAGCACCAGGAGAUGCAUCUGGAGGAAGACGAUGAGGAAGAGGACCGGCUGCAGCCCUUGAGCUCCGCCUCGUGCCACGUGCCCCAAAACUCUCAAAACUCGCAGCAGUGCUCGCUGCUGCCCGGCCAUUUGGACACAGAUCUGCACUUCCACUCGGUGCACGGCAUCCACGCUACCAUGCUGGAUAAGCACACGGUCGGGCGGCUGGAUCACCGUGGCGAUGAGAGGACCCUGGUGUUCACCAGCCGGCCGAUGCGCUGCUCAGAGACUGUGUUUGUGAAAGUGAAGGCGGGUGCCACAAGGUCCGCUUCUCUGUCUUAUGGCGUGACGUCCUGCGACCCGGCCAUCCUGAGACCCAGCGACCUCCCAUCAAACCCAGAAUCCCUGGUGGACCGCAAGGAAUUCUGGGCCGUGUGUCGGGUGGUGGUGCCGCUCCACAGUGGAGACAUCCUGGGCUUUGUGGUGAACUCAGACGGGGAGGUCGUGAUGAGCCACAACGGCCUCAGUGCAGGGAUGCAGUUGUGUGUAGAUAACUCCAGGCCCCUCUGGAUGUUCUACGGUUUGCACGGCACCGUUACACAACUCAGGAUUUUAGGCUCGUCUCUGCACCCCGACCUCCGAGGCCUGUCCGUUCCCAGCUCCCCCUCCUGUACACCCAACACUCCCACAAUGCUUUGCAGCGGCAACUCGGAGUCAAACCUGGACACGCCCUUCAACAACAACCUCAACUCAAGCCUCAACUCCAACUACCACGCACUCUUCUCUUCGUCCACAGGUACCAGCCCGAGCUCUCCGUUCUCCAGCCACCCGGAGUCCCCGACCUUCCCGCCCUGCCCGGGCUCGUGGAGUGACGAGUGCACCAUCUGCUACGAGAACGUGGUGGACACGGUGCUCUAUGCCUGCGGACACAUGUGUCUCUGCUACGCCUGCGGCCUCAAACUCAAGAAGAUGGCCAACGCGUGCUGCCCCAUCUGUAGGAGGACGAUCAAAGACAUCAUCAAGACCUACAGGAGCACGUAG